UAAAAUGGCCUUUGGAAGACAUUUUAAAGCACUUCUAUGGAAGAAUACUCUUUUGUGGAGGAGAAAGUUAUGAGGAAGCUUGUGAGAACUGAUAUUUCCAGUACUUAUGGUAGGAGCUAUUGUGGGAAUCAGACAAGCUGUCUCUGACAAACAGUAUGAGGAAGGAAACAGGCUUAAAAAUGGUGUUGCUUAUACUAUACCAGAUAGUCUUACUUCCAAUAACUUGGGUGAGGGAAACGAAUUUUACAGUUUGAUCAAAGAAGAAAUCUUUGGAGGAGACCAGAUUAUUCCCUUUCCAAUCAACCCGAUCGGGGGAGAGUUCUAUACAAUCGUUGGCAAAGACCCAGAUGAAGUUAAACUAAUGAAUGACUCCCUCAAACUUUUAUUAGAACCUAUCUCUAAGCUCAUAGGAAGGAACUUCAUUUUCAAGAAAGGCAUUACUAAUGAAGAGGAGCUAUUUGACCUGAUCAGGAGUAAUAACUACUCUCAAGGAGAGAAAACAGAGCGUAUGUUGUUUGCGAUUGGGCUUCCAACAGAUCGGCAAAAUAAUCCGUAUGACUACACUAUCUAUAUGUCAGAAAAUUUCCCUUCCAAUGUACCAGAGACUAGGUCAAUGAAGAUAACGAAUAUUCCUGGAACGGAGAACUUUAUGAAGUAUUCUUCUCUAGGUUUCAUGACUCUACAAUCUUUUAUUGCUAACUUCAUACUCAAAACAGAAUUGGAAGAUUUUAGCCCAUCAAUAGACCUGUUCAUGUCUAUGGGAUAUAUCAAUGAGUUUACACAGGAUGAUUUUCUGGAAAAUUUUGGACCAACACUAGCUUUGUUCAUGCUAAUGAUAUUCAUAGCCCCUCUGUUUAGACUCGUCUCGUUCCUUACAGAGGAGAAAGCAUCUAGAGCUAGGGAGGGAAUGAAGAUAAUGGGCCUAAACGACGCUCCUUAUUGGCUUUCAUGGUUCGUUUACUAUUUUUCCGUAAAUCUAGUAAUUUCUUUGGUCACUGGACUUUCCUUCGCAUUCGUAUUAUUCCCAAAUUCAUCUGUAUUUUUCGUGCUACUAUGGGUCUUUUUAUAUGGACUUUCUCUGUUCUCCUUUGCUGUAUUGGUAUCUUCGUUCUUACAGAGACCCCUGAUUGCAUGAAUUAUUGUUACAAUGUUUCAUUUCUUGACAUACUUCUUGGUGAUUCCAUUGGAGCAACCAGGAGUGAGUGACCAGAUCAGAACAAUGUUUUCAGUCAUUCCUAAUGUAGCAAUGUCUCUUUCAGCAGGAGCUAUCGGAAAAUUGGAGCUUACCAAAGAUGGACUGACUGGUUCAACCUUGUUUGAUAAUACAGGAGGCUUUAAAGUCGGCAUCGCACUAAUCUCACUAGCAGGAAACUUCAUUAUUCAGCUUCUUCUUGGUCUCUAUCUUGAUAAUGUCUUGCCUAAACAGUAUGGUACCAGACAGCAUCCAUGCUUUAUGUUUAAGAAGUCUUAUUGGUUUGGAACUAGGUAUCAAGACGCUAACGAUCUCAGAAAAAGUCUUCUCGAUGAAGAUGAUCAGGAACUCAAUGGAGAAAAUAAAGAUUUUGAAGCAGUUCCCCCAAAUGUUAGAAAGCUAGAGAAAACAGGUGAAUGUAUGAAAGUUAGACAUCUUAAGAAGAUCUAUGGAAAUGGAAAAGUAGCUGUCAAUGAUCUCUCUCUUACUAUGUACAAAAACCAGAUCUUCGCUCUCCUCGGGCAUAAUGGAGCUGGAAAGACUACUACCUUAUCUAUCCUGACUGGAUUAUAUCAACCUACUGCCGGUAAAGCUUCGGUUUUCAAUUUGGAUAUGUUCGAACAAGUGAAUGAAAUUAGAAAGAAUUUGGGUGUGUGCCCACAGUUUGAUAUCUUAUUUGACAUGUUGACUCCUGAAGAGCAUCUCAUUAUUUACUGAAUGUUCAAGGGAGUUCCUGUUAGUGAAGUCGAUGAUCAAGUGGAGAAAACUCUUCGAGAUAUAGAUCUUGAAUCAAAGCGCAAAGCAUAUGCUAAAAAUUUAUCAGGAGGACAAAAAAGAAAGCUUUCAGUUGGAAUAGCAAUGAUUGGUGGCUCUAAACUAGUCCUACUUGAUGAGCCUACCAGUGGAAUGGAUUUGACUGCAAGAAGAAAGAUAUGGGAUAUGCUCAAGAACAAUAAACAGGACCGGAUCUUAAUUCUUACAACUCAUUUUAUGGAUGAAGCUGAUAUCCUUGGUGACAGGAUAGCCAUAAUGGCUUCAGGAAGGAUCAAGUGUUGUGGCCAGUCUCUCUUCCUCAAGAAACGUUUUGGAGUCGGCUAUAACCUCAUUAUAUCCAAGGAGGAUAAAGAUCCUAACCCUGAAAUAGAAGAAUUCGUGUUUGAGAGAAUUAAUUAUUGUAUAAAAUUAUCAGAAGUUUCUUCAGAAGUAACGUUUCAAAUUCCUCAAAGUGAAUCUGAGAAAUUUGAGCAAUUCUUUACAGAGCUAGAUGAAAGCUUGAAACAACUCAGGAUCAAGAGCUACGGAGUUGGAGUGACAACUCUAGAAGAAGUCUUUCUUAAGGUAGGACAUCAAGAUGAAGAAGGAAAUGGGUCACCACCAGAUUCUCCUAAAAUAGAGGAAACAAAGGAAGAUAAUUCUCAAGAAGCAAAUGAAAUAGUUAGAAUUAAUGAUUCUCAAAGAAGUGAUAAUGAUGAUUACUCGAUUGCAGAACAAUCAGAGAAAAACGUAUUCUUUUUGCACCUAUAUGCAUUGUGUGUUAAGAGAUUCUUGAUGUCUUUCAGACAACUCAAAUCAUCUUUGCUAGAAAUCUUCAUCCCAAUGAUUUUCAUACUUACAGGUCUUGGCUUAGCCAACAUUGAUUUCUUCGUAGAUGCCUUGGCUGUAAAUUUAAGUAUGACUCAGUUCCCUGAAAAUAACAAUCUGUUCAUUGGUACUACGCAAAAUGGGGUUGACUCACAAACCUUUGCAAAUUCUUUUGAUCAAGAUAUCUUUGAUAUCAAUGUAAUUAACACACCUCCUGGAGAUAAUUUGUAUUCAACUCUGGAUAACUUUGAGACUACUAUUUUUAGAGAUAACAAUGGAUACGAUGGAGACGUCCAGAAUGCAGGCAACUUCGUGCUACAUAAUCUAGAUACCACUCCUGGAGCUCAAAAAUGUCAAGUCUUUGGAUUUUCUAAUGGCUUUGCUCGAGAUGGAGCUCCCAUUAUGACACAAAAUGUGCUGAAUUCUUGCCUAAGAAUACUUCUGAAUAAGCCAAAUAUGCAAUUGAGGUUUGUAAAUCAGCCCUUCCCUCUCACUGCUAGAGCUAAAGCUGGAUCCCAAGCUGGAAGUGGAUCUAUUAUUGGAUUUUUGUUUGCUAUAGCAUUUGCAAUGAUCCCUACUGGAGUUGCUUACUCAGUUGUUCACGAAAGAGAAACUAAUGUAAAACAUCAACAAAUGAUAUCAGGUGCAUCUAUCAUUCCAUAUUGGAUCAGCAAUUAUUUAGUUGACUUUACCAGAAGCAUGAUUCCUAUGGGCUUUGCUAUAAUCAUGGUGUUUGUUUUCAGCGUCGACUUGCCUUUUAUCUGGCUACAUUUUGUCCUAUUUGCUUUAGCUAUACAUCCAUUUACUUAUGCCACAACAUUUAUUUUCAAGAAGCAAAAUCUUGCUCAAACUAUGACCAUUAUCAUAAAUAUUUUCUUGGGAGGGUUCAUUCCAAUAACUAUAAUCGUGUUGCAGUCUAUUCAGAGCACUAGAUCUGUUGGUCAAGCACUUAGAUGGGUUCCUAAAAUUUUCCCUUCCUUCUCUGUAGUCAACGGAAUCUUGCAGAUCUCUAUUAGAAACAUCAUUGCGUUUGCAGCAGGGCUUGACGCCCCUGAUGACUCGCUAAGCUUUGAUGUUGCAGGCGGAGAUGCUGUCUUUUUAGCCUUCAACAUAUUCUUCUGGUGGGGUGUGGUCAUCCUUCUUGAAACAGGCUUUCUUGGCAAAUUAUUCUCAUGCAGGAGAUCUUGGACUCUUAUCAAGGAAACCACUGAUGAGCCUGAGGCAGAAAUUGACUCUGAUGUCAGAGAGGAGGAAUACAGAUGUGCUGACAUUAAUCCAAAUGACUGCUCUGUGCUGGUCAACCAACUUAGAAAGGAAUUCAAAGUCAAUGGCGAGCAGCUGGUUGCAGUCAAGAACAUUUGAUUUGGACUUGAGUAUGGAGAAUGAUUCGCAUUGCUCGGAGUUAAUGGCGCUGGAAAAUCAACUACAUUCAAGAGCAUGACUGGUGACAUCGUUCCUACCUCUGGAAAGAUCUACAUUGAUGGACUCGACCUCUCCUCCGCUUACGAGUUUUCCCAAGCAAGGAAGUUGAUUGGGUAUUGUCCUCAAGAGAAUGCUAUCUUUGAGGGAAUGACUGUUUAUGAGCAUUUGGUCUUCUACGCCAGGAUUAAAGGAAUUGUCUCUCAUAAAAGAAAUGAUAUUAUUAACAACACAAUGAAGGAGAUGGACCUUGAGCAGUUCAAAAAUGUCAGAUGUGAGAAACUUUCUGGUGGGAACAAACGUAAACUCUCAGUUGCGAUGGCUAUUAUUGGAAAUCCUCCAAUUGUGUUCCUUGAUGAACCUUCAACUGGAAUGGACCCAAGAGCUAAGAGAUUCAUGUGGACUAUUAUUUCAAGAAUUUCUACACUGAGGAAGAAGAGCACAGUAAUUCUAACCACUCAUUCUAUGGAAGAAGCUGAAGCUUUAUGUACAAAGAUGGGUAUCAUGGUAAGUGGAAGGUUCAAAUGCCUCGGAUCUUCCCAAGAAAUCAAAAAUAAAUAUGGAACUGGGUAUGAAGUUGAAAUUAAGAUUCAAUGGCCGACUGAGGAAGAAGCUGCUACUUUUGCUAGAAAUAAUGAUCUAAACCCAGAAGAUAGUAUUGGAAUAGAGCAACUUCAAGACACAUUAAUAAAACUAAAAGUAGGCACAAUUCUUGAAGAACCCCAAAUUACAAUCCUCGAAAACGAAAUAGAGAAAAAUGGUGAACUUACAAUUGAAUCUUUAUGCCAGCUAAUCCUGCUUGAGAAAGGAGGUCUCACUAUCAAGAAAGCUUUGAAGAAGAACACCUCCAAAUGCCAAUUAAUAGAACAUUAUAAUAACUUCUUUAAGUUCAGAGUUGAAAGAGGCCAGAAGAGUUUAGGCUUCUUCUUCGGAUUCAUGGAGAGCCUUAAGAGUCAAGUCAACUUUGAAGAAUAUGGUGUCAGUCAGACUACCCUUGAACAAAUCUUUAAUGCCUUCGCUAAAGGUCAAGAAGUGGAAGGGGCUAGUAAAAACAAGGGAAGAAAGAGUCUUACUAAGGAUAUCCAAUAAAAAAAAGAUAUUUCAGUUGCUA